CGAGGUACAGGCAUUGAAAACGGUUAAACACUACGAUCAUGAGUUACAAAUAAUGAGGGCUGGGCGCUAAGUUUCAUAUGGGCAUCGCCCACGUCCGACAGCCUGCUUACACAGGACUUGGAGCAGAAGCUCUUCUGUACUGUUCAGCUUCCAUGCGCAAAGAUGACAACUUAUGUAGCUUGGAAAGGCUAUGAACGGAACCCCGAAUGAAGUCAAAGCAACCAUAAGCGAAAGCGUUAGCGACACCCCAUUCACGAGCAUUAACAAUAGGAGCUUCGCGGAACUUACAACCAGAGCGCUGGGCGAGCAGUACUUUCUGCUGUAAUGGUCGCUAAUUCGACCGCGGGUUCAAGCUACGCAGGGAGCGUUGCUUCAUCGGCGUCCUCUAACUCCAGGCCUGCUCGAGCCGGUCAGGAGCCACAUGACGGAUAUGGGGAAAACGUUUUGGAACGGCGGUCAUCCUUCGAGAAUGGAAUUUUCGGCGUCUUGUUUACUCUCAGUAAGGAGAACAGCGAGUCGCAAAUUCGCAUCCGCUGGGUGCUUGUAAAGAUCCUGCUGGAUGGCUGGCAGCUCUUCACCACCAUCAUAUCACCCGCGGAGCAGGGAUGGGCAAUCAAGAGCAAUGGAAUUGCCUGGUCGGUGGUCUCCGUGCUCAAUUUUACCUGGUUAGCGGAUCUGGGCUACGGUGUCUACAUUGCCGUGCUGUACCUCAUGCUGACUCUGCUGGCGGUCAACGUGGGCAUGUGCGUGUGGGUGGCCUGGUGCUUCAAGGAACAGAAGUUCCCUGUUGUGUGGCCCAUCAUGGCUCUCCGGGUCUUCAGCAGCGUGUUCUUCCAGGCGUUCGAUGUGGCAUCGCUGAACCUGCUGCAGCUCGGCAUCAGCUGCCGCUACACGGGCUACGUACAACCUCAUCUGCACUUCAACCUCUUCCCACAAUACAGCUGCAGCACCGCGCCACACAUCCUGCACGCCAUCGUGUCCGGGCUGUGCCUGAUGCUGUUCGUGGCCAUUGCGCUGCUGCUCAACAUGGCGGAGGUUGAGGUCAACCCCAAGUCACGACGCCCACUUGCCCUCGGCCACAGCGGAGCGGAGGUGGCGGCCUUUGCCAUUAAGGUGCUGCUAACGCUGGUUAACGUCUUCUUUGGCUGGAGACGUGUGGCUGCCUGCUUCUAUCUCACACUCUCACUGGCCCUCGCCUACCAGUAUCUGCGAUGGAGCCCCCACCUUGUGGCCUGGGUCAACUACCUGAAGACCGGCGUGUCUACCACAGUCGUCUGGUGUGCAGCAACACUCAUGCUGCUGGUGUUCGAGCCGGGGGUGAAGCAACAGGAUCGGGACAGCUGGUCGAAAUUGAUGACUGUGCUGAUGUUGUCAGGACUGGCGCCUGCUUUUGGAGCUGGCGUGCUGUUGUCCCGCACCAUGAUUCGACGCCUAACCAAGGGAGCAAUUAAGUCUGUUGCGAAUGCCCGGCCAGAAUGCCAACUGAAAGAUUUGUUGGACGUGGAUAACCCACGGGACAUCGAAAUCAUUGCAAGGUGCUGCCGUGUGUGGAAGGACAUGUACACGCUUGAGCCCGAGGGUGUUAGUAAGGCCCUUCACUUCAUCAAGGCUGGCUUAGCCAUGUUUCCCACCAGCGCCUACAUGGUCCUGCUGCAUGCCAACUUUAUGAUUGAUGUGCUGGGGGUCAGCCAGAGCGGCAGCCGCCGUAUUGAGGAUGCGAGGAAGCUAAAUCCUGGACUCAUGUGCCGCUUUAUCAUGUUUGUACGACAACAGCAAGCCACGCAAAACGCCGCAGGUAACAGCGCUAACGGUGGAGCCAGUAUGGACCUCCUGGGCUAUGUGGAGUAUCAGCGCAAGCAGCGCAUGGUCAUUCGUCUGCACCGGGAGGCCCUGCAGGCCAUGUGCAACUUCUGGAAAGCACUGGACGUAUCUACUGUGUCAUUUACGCAGCUGAGCAAAGCGCUGGGCAAGAUUGAGAGCUCCGUAUCGCAGGCCCAGGCAGCGUAUCGUAUCGUGCUGGAGAGCUACGGCAACAGCCCCAAGCUCGUCCGUCUGUACGGCAGGUUCCUUCUUACCAUUAAGAACGACCCAUGGGACGCGGCGGAGUACUUUGCGGAGGCUGACAGACUGGAGGAAAUUAAGAACACUGACUCGGGUGGUCCGCUGCUGCCAGACGGCACUCCGCUGGGCCGCAUGGACGAGAUGGACGUGGCGGUGCUGGUGCUCAACUCCACGGGGGAGAUCCAAAUGGCGAACCGGCAGACUUACAACUUGUUCGGCUAUAAGCGGGGCUACCUCGAGAGCAAACCCAUGAGCAUCCUGCUUGCACCGCACUACAGCCGGCGUCUGUCAGAGCAGCUGGCCUCGUUGGUCGCUGAUGACAUUGUUAAGGCGGGCAGCGAGGGCUCUCAGCAGCUUGCUGCCAAAGAGAUAAUGAUGCUGGGUAUGCAUUUCGACAGGCUGGCAUUCCCGGUCAAGCUGUCGCUGCGGAAGGCAACGGGUGUGGGCGAGGACUCCACCAUCCUGGCGCUCAUGGAGCCGCUGCCGCCCGCCAAGAACCGGGCAAGCCUGUGGGUGGCGCCCAACGGCAGCAUCGUCGCGUGUGACCCACAGUUCGUAGCCAAGUUCGGGUGGAAGCCAACUGAGUUGAACGGUGUCAACGUCACGGCGCUCAUCGCCACCCGCACCAAGGAGCAGCUGCUGGCGGAUGCAGCAGCAGAGCGGACAGAGAUGGGCAACGGCUUCGAUUCUGGACAGGACGAGGAAGAAGAGGACGAGACUAGCUUAAUGCGUACGGUGGAAAGCGCUUGCGAGCUGAUUAAGAGGUUGCAAUCAAAAUCCACCGGCCCAAGGCUCCAGCAAGGCCUACAGUGUUUUGUAACACACAAGUACGACGAAAAUCCUGUGACAUGCAUGAUUGGCGUCAUUGCAAGCGGCGUGGCUGACUUGGGCGUCCACGAGCUGCACAUACGCCUGGUCACCCCUGGCCCAACGCAAUUGCUGGUUGUCGACCGAAAGGGUGUCAUUGCACAUGCGUCAUCGGAGCUUGUUGCCACUCUAGUGGAGGGGUUGGGGGUGGUGGGCGCUGGGGCUGCCGCCGGUGCAAGGCCCUCAGGUGGCGCUACGGGUGCUAUCAGUGCUGUUGGGGUGGCGGGUGCCAUCAGCCGGGGCCCCGCACUGGGUGGCAUUGCUGCCCGGGACUUGCUGGAUAGCUACACGUUGACGGAUUUCCUGCCACCGCCCUGGAAGGAAAUGCAUGUCAAGUUCAUGAAGGACAUCACCGUCCUAAGCCUGCCCAAUUGGAGUCCGUGGACGUGCCGCAAAACACCUCCAACCUCCUCCACCUCAGCGACCGCGGGCUCGUCCCCUUCCUCCCCUCCUCCCGGCCCUACUCUGGAGCUGCGCACUGCCUGCGGCAAGCCGCUCUUCAUGCACGUAUCGGUCUCCACGGUGGACAUAGCGGGGGACCCGACACACGUCAUACGGCUCGCAAAGUCUUCCCUAGAGACUGCACUGGACGAACGGCGCAUGCGACUGAGUGUUUCCCCGGAGGGUGUCAUCACGGCCGCAAGCAAGGGAACCCCCACACAGCUGUUUGGGCUGGAGCCGCAGCAGUUUAUUGGACACAGCAUCUCAGAUGUUAUCGAGGAGACAUUGCUAGCACCUGGCGUAAAGAAGGCAUCAACUACAUCUUCAGCGCAACUACUAACCCAGCUCGUCAGCCGAGCGCUGUCCCAGCCUGGCUGCAGCUGGCGUGUGCGUGUGCUGGCGCCCGCUGCCGCCGCCCCCGCUGCCCUCGCCUCUGGCAUGUUGGCGGAGCUGUCAGCAACGGCCCUGGCGAACAUGACCAAGGACGCAGUCAUGGUGGUUCACGUGGAGCUGCCGCCGUACAGCCAAGGUGCUGCGGCCGAAGCGCCCGUCGUGUACGUGGACCUAUGGCCGACUACCAGCCUCACAGCCGUCUUAGAGCUGAAUGCCUCAGGGCGUGUAAGCUCGGUGCUUGAGGAGCGCACACGACCCGCGGGUCUGCUGUUUGGCGUGCCCACACAGUCGCUGGUUGGCAGCAUGCUGAGCGGCCUGGUCACGCUGCCGCCUGGUCGCAGCAGCCCCAGUGAGCUGCUGUCCCUUCACGGCGCCAAGAAGAGCAGCCUCAAGGCGGACAACAAGGAGGCCAGCGUCAAGGUCGGUCCACUGCACGUGCUGCAGGCCGCCCACUCAGACGGGCGGCCGCUGGUCCUGGACGUGCAGAUGGUGGGCAGGCCGGGACCCAACCAGCCUGUCACCGCCAUACUGCGAGUGCAUGCGGCGCCCAUUAAGGGUAGGGUUGUGGCAACGGCGGCCGUGCCUGCUGUUAACACUGGACAGGCGCCGGCUCAGGGCAUUCCCCUCUUAAGGAAGCUGACCCCAGAAGGAAGCAUGUUCGCUGAGGACACCAGGCUGUCAUUACCGCCGCCUAGUUUGCCUUCCUCCCCAUGGGCAGGAACGGCGGCGAUCUUUGACAGGGCCCGGACAUCUGCACCUCUCCCCUCCCAGCCUUCACGGCUGUCACUGCCACCACCUGGCAAAGGCCACAGGGGGGCAGAGGUUCCACGACCUGAAAGGCCUGAAACACCCCAGUUGAACACGCCAAAUUCUGAUUCUGGCGAGACGGGGCCUGGCACAAAAGCGGUAACAAGUACUACUGAUAUUGCAGCGGAGUGUUCAGGGCAACCUACAGGCUCGGAUGCCGUUGUUCAGGCAAAUACGACCCAUGGGUCGUUGCUAGAGGGUGUCUCUAAUAUGGCUGGAUCAGAACAAGAGGAGGGAGGACAUAACGGGGAUGUGUACACAGUGGCGACUGUCUCAGCUGCAAUUGCACCCUCGCCUGCUGACCUUCUUGCUAUUAUGGCUGAAGGACUCCCACAACCUGGGGUGGCAGCUGGCAAGGACGCCGUGGUGCAGCUGGUAGGGCGGUCAAGGCUUUCCGAGCUGGUCAAGUCGGUCACACAGGGUGGAGAUGGAAAGGAAAGAUGUGGCAGCAUUAAGAGCAGUGGUGGCAGCGGAAUCAUGAGGCCUCCUCAGCCUUCUAGGGCGAGCAGUAGGUUUAAGGGCCCCAUUGGUAGUGGUGGAGGCGGCAGCAAUCGGGAAGGCGGACUUUUACUGGAGAAGAGCUCUGGCCUCGCAAAGCCCUCGCUGCCUGGAACACCAGCCGGGCCAAGUGGAGAGGACGACGUGUUGGAGCUGAGGAGUCUGUUGAGCCAUGGGGGCGCGGCAAUAGUUCAAGACCUGCUCGUUAGCGGCUUCGAUUUCUCACUUCCGGGCCGUAGUGAGGGAAGCGACAGCGAGCAAGAUGAGGGCAAGGACAAGGCCAAGGAAACACAGGAUUCUUUGCGCGUUUCUGUUUGGGUGGACAGCGAAGGUGCAUUCUUCCAGAACGUUGUCGGCAUUGAUGCCGAGGGUGUCGACGGCAAGCAUGUGGACGGCAUUACCGCUGGCCACGGGUCUCUGGGCACCCCCAUACGCACUGCUACCGCGGUGCACCGUGGCGGCCACCACCGGCCCACAGAUGGAGCGGACGUGAUGAAAGAGCCGCUGGGGUCCGGACACACGGGUCCGGAGGAGGUCCGUGCUGUGGACGAUGAUGCAGCCAGUGAGGGUGGGCAGAGCGCCAUGUCAAGCCAGUCAGGUGCUGGUGGUGCGGAGUACAAGCGUGGCAAGAGGUUCCGCAAGCUGACCAAGCUGAUGGACUCAAGCCAGGCGCAGCAGGUUCAGAACACCUUUCGCAAGCGUACCCUGGCAACAGUUGCGUUGUUGGCUAGCGUCCAUGUCGUGUGCUUCGCGCUGAAUAUUACCGCCAUCCAGUCACAGCGCACCUGUAUGUUGCAGCUCAGCCGGGCCGGCCAGUCGCAGCACUACAUGCACCAGAUCCUGACGGACGUUCGCUCUCUGGACGUGAUCUCGAAGAAGAAGACAAUCCCUUGGCUGUAUACAGAGGCAGAUGCACAGACGUUUGUUAGCCGCAUAGCAAGGGGUGCGGAGGAGGUCAAGGUCCGCCUGAAUGAGAUUAUUAAGGCCUAUCAUAACCCGACCUCGCCGGUGAUGGAGCUGUUCUUUUAUGAAAAUCGUUCGGUUUGGAACGGGAACGAAGCCGACGGCUCGGAUCAGUACACAAACCUGACAAUCUGGGACUUCUCGACUCGGUUUUACACCAUGGCUAAGAACAUUGAGCAGUACUAUGAUGACUGGGCUCGGGGAGGCGUUUACAUAGCUGACACGACCCCUGGACAGUUUCUGUUGAAGAGCGGACCUGACAUUUACAUGGCAUCACGAAAGAUCAUGGACGCCCUUCUGUACGUUGCAGUGGACAAUGCGCGCUGGGUGGAAGGAUUGCAGUUUACAUUCCUCGCGGUGGAGGGAGCCGCCAUCAGCUGCCUAUCCGCAUUUUAUCUGGUGUAUCUUCUGCGUGCUGUAGCGGCGCAACGAUACAAGCUGUACGGCAUUUUCUUAGUCAUACCCGUGGGUUUGACACGCGCUUUGGCAUCCCAGAAUACCAACCUUAACAUGGACGAUGACGAAGAUGAGGAUGACGACGAAGACGAAGUGCCCACAGCACAUCACGAAGCGCCUGAGGGGGAGGAUGAUGGCACAGGCGGCGCUCCUGCUGUACAAAAGCUCAAGCGUCGUGCUACCCUGAAGUUGGCCACAGGUCCCGACGGAUCCGCUCCUUCCGCAGGGGGUUUAGGCAAGGACAAGUCGCUCCGCAGCCGCAACACAAGGGGCGGCGAUACUGGGGGCGUAGACAGAAUGCCCAGCCGUGGAGAGGCUCGUGAUAAGCGCAACGGCGUGGGACUUGAACGUACUUUGACCGGAGAGUCUCUGGACGGCUCCUGGUGGGCUUCCCUGUUCAGUUGCUGCCAGUCCGGGCAAACCUGGCGUCAAUUGGUCAGGUGGAGCCGCAGCACCGUCAGGCCACUGCCGCAAGCCAACACCAGCUGCACGCCAGCAGCCACCGUGUCGGCUGCUACGGUAGCAGGCGGCAAGCGAGCGCUCAAGUACAACUCCCAUGAGACAGUCGUCAUGACCAUGCCCUUCAUUAUUUGGUCAAUGUUGGUCAUUGCCAUCUACUCGGCAGCGGCAUUAAUGAUGAAGAACAUUGUGGACGUCGUAGCGGUCCACUCGGUUUCUAACUAUUUGUCUGCAAGUACGUAUCGAACGGUGUUCUUCUGCCAGGAAGUUGCUACCGUGGAGGACCCCUCGCAGCUGCUGGAAAAACGUGCAACCCUGUUCUCCGUCAUGAAACUUGUCAAGGACGCCUGGUACACGCUGCAGCUGGGAGAGAAUGCCUACAGAGCAGCCGGACCUGACACGGAGAGGUUCCCGAUGGUGAAGACUGGACUAGUGUACGCCUCGCCAGCCAUAACCGAUCUGUUCUACGGCACCGGUACCUGCCUGCGCACUGGGGACAACCUGCCCUGCCCGAAUCAUGACUACCGUUUCUACCACUUGACCCGCUCCGGUCUAGACAGCAUGAUGCAACAGUUCAUCCUCAGCCUCUCAGCGAUGGCCACCAACCAGAGCCUGACACCGGAGGGGCUGCAGGAUGACCACUUCGACUACGUCUACAGUGUCGGUUCCAAGGACCUCCUGGGUGGAACUAUGCAACUCGCCCAUGCUCAUUACAGGAUCAUUCUGGACCUCUUUUCAGACAUCAUGGUUCUCCACAUCGUGUUGUUCCUGAUGCUGUGGGUGGUGUUCAUCUGCUUCCUGGUGUUCCUGCUCAACCCACUCAUCAAGCGAACAACAAAGGAGCGGCGGCGCAUCGCUGAGUUGAUGAGCCAGCUGCCCCUGGAGCUGGAUGUGGAGAAGCUGGUGGCGAGGGCGCUGGGAACAGCAACAGCUAACACCAACACGGCGCCAGGCGGGGGCCCAGGAGGAGGCGGUGGUAAUGGUGGGCCAGGAGGAGGGACCGGAGGACCCCCGGACCGCACCCACAGCUACAUUGACUUGGGCGACGAGUCUGUCCAUGCGGGUACUGAAGCAGAGUCCGCGAUGAAGUGGAAGGCGAUUAUCAGGGCUGCAAGCUCGCUCAGUGGCAAGAUCCCGCAGAGCAGCAUCACGCACCGAAGGUCUUCGUUUCUGGCAAUCCAAAACACAACAUCACACCUACCGUAAGUGAAGUACCUGAAUCUCAACCGAUGGAGCCAGAAUUUUGUGACAAUGGAGUAUCUCAUUUCACGGGUGCUUCCUUUCUGCCAUGCAAGAAGCUAUCUAAUAAUUAUAAUAAGGUGCGUUCCUAAUCACCAUUGAAUGAAGAGCUUCUAAUGCGUAUGUACGUUUUGAAUGUGGUAUGGGAAGAAACAAGAAGCAACAUGUUUAUUCGGGGACGCAUGCUCUGUGAAUAUUCGCAUGCACAUGGAUCGGACACAUGGAUCCGUAAAUUGCAUAUUGGAAGCAUCGUGCGAUUGUAAGCAAGCAAGCGUGAGAGUUGCAGUUGAGCGGAGACUCGUGGGGCAAAGUAUGUGGGACAUGUCAUGUACGGCAGCGGCGAGGUUAAUAAUGUUAUUUAAAGGUUAUCAUGGGGAUGUCUAGAUAAAAGUAUCCUAGUAUGUAUUAACGAGGCUUUCUGUUUUAUUAGCAAACGUGCAUGCACGAUGCCUAAUGAAUGGUAUGCCUAUGCCUCGCUGUAUGCCACGCCUAACUGUACAUGCUCUUCUUUUGCACACAUACGUUGCACGACGCGGGCUGCAAUACACCAAGAUGUCUUUACGUUUAGUGUUUGCUAGCUAUGAUGACAAGACAGGCUACCGCUCCACCAACAGGUGGGCUCAGUGUGACGUGUUUUUCACAUUAACAACAACACUUAGUGUGUACCGCACCAAAGGUCAUGUCGUUCGCGUGUGUCCCCAUACGUGUGGUUUGCCCCAGCCUUCGUUGGGCUCGGUUGGCUAACCGGCUGAGAUUGGAGGUGGGUAAUGUGAAUGUAUGGUGUCAAGGAUGAAUUUUACGUGGCAAAUGGCCCGCCUUUCCUUUUCAAUUACGGCCUUACGUGUUGGCGCUUGGGUCAACCUAAUCAACAGCUACGGGCUAGCCUACCCUACUACUGCAUCAACUAGUCUAAGUGCGUGUACACAUUGCGUUUGUGUUCUAAACGUGUUUACCCUAUGCAAGCGUCAUAUGAGCACGAAUGGUCUACCUGCUGUAUCACUAGGCAUUGGGACAUGCGGAAGGUGCCCCAUACCGCCGGUGCCUUAAUAUACAUAGCGGGUCUUGAGCAAACGUUGUCGUGUUUGCGCAAGUAACUUUGAUCCGUCGUGAGCACUUAGAACGUAGCGCUUGUAUGCGCGGUACCAUGUUGUCGUACUAUGCCUGACUGAGGGAGAAACGGUGAACGGGAAGUUAUGAUGGGAGGAUUGG